AUGCUGGUGGGUCUCAUUAUCUACCUGGUCCCAGAUGAAUUGGAGGGACUGGUUACCUUUGACCCUGAGGUGUUCUUCUAUGUACUGCUUCCGCCGAUUCUGCUACACGCGGGUAUGACAAUGGAUUCCUUCCUGUUCUUCAGGUAUAUUGGGCCUAUCUUAACUUUCUCGUUCUUCGGGACAGCCCUGACUGCGAUCACCACUGGUUUGCUGCAGUGGGUGACUUCGUUUCUCCCGUUUGUGACCACACUGACACUCAAAGAGUCACUGCUAUUCGGGGCGCUGAUCUCGGCAACAGAUACAGUGACGGUCUUGGCUAUUUUCAAGGAGAUCGAUGUGGAACCAUCGCUCUACGCUCUGGUGUUCGGCGAGAGUGCGUUGAACGAUGCCAUAGCUAUCACGUUGUUUAAUGUGGUGGAGUCGUAUACUGGAUUGCAGGACGCUGUAGGCACCAGUGUAGGGGUGUUCUUCCUUUCUAUUCUCUUGGGUGUGGGCGUGGCCGUCUUCUGCUCCUUGUUGACCAAGCACAUCCCCGUUACAGACGAUCCGGUGAUGGAAACCUGUCUCCUACUGCUGCUGAGCUACAUGUCCUACCUCAUAGCAGAGGUGUCACAUCUCUCCGGCAUAGUCACUAUCCUCACCUGUGGCAUUGUGCAGGGUCACUACACCAUCUACAAUGUCUCGCAUCAGGGUAAAGAACUCAUCGAGGGGGUGCUGGGCAUGUUCAGCUUCUUCGCCGAGAACUUUAUUUUUGGGUAUCUGGGGGUGUCCAUCUUCACCUAUCCGGGGCUGGAGUGGGAAGUUUCGUCCAUGUUCCUGGGCCUGUUCAAUUGCUUGGCUGGCCGAGCGGUUGGAGUCUUUUCAAUGAGUUUUAUCCUCAAUGCCGUCCGAGCCGAGAGGAAUCAGAUCCCUUUUAGACAACAGACUAUGAUGUGGUUCUCAGGCCUGCGGGGAGCCGUAGCUUUCGCACUCGCAAUCGAAAAUUCGGAAACAAGAGAAAGUAGAGUCAUCCUGGCCACCACACUCUUCAUCGUUAUCACAACCGUGUAUGUCUGCGGCAGCCUGGCUAUCCCAGUAGCGGAAUAUCUACAGGUGACAUCAGAGUCAAGAAAGGCAGCAGACACGGUGUUAGAUGCGGAAGUAUCAUUGACAGGCGAUGGGUUCCCAAUGGAUGAAUUUCCGAUGGAAAAAUAUGGUGAGAUGGGCACCGACGAGGCUCUAGAUGACAUGGAAGUGGACAUGUCUGACAUUCCGAGCGAUUCCGUAAGGCUGGACGGUGAAUCGGGCGCACCAAUAGUGAUGGGUCGAUUUGAGAUGACUAAAGUCAUUGUGAAGAACAGAGUAGAAGAAUUUUUCUACAGUUUCGGCCACAAUUACUUGACUCCCUUCCUCAUCCGGCGGCCGAGUUUGGACAAGUAUGAGCGAAUGGAUAACACCGAGGACGAUGUAUACUCUCGCAGAGCAUCACAAGACAGUCGCAGAGCCUCUCAGGAGGGCCGACCCAGACGGAGGUCCUCAGCACAAGACGAUCAGUUUGUGCGGACGCCACUGAACGCUGUAUCCGAAGACGAUUUGUCGGCCGCUGGCAGUGUUUUUGGAUGAGUGCACGUGUGCGAGUGCCACAGUGCCGGUAGUAUCUGGGGGUUUCGCUAGAGUGUCGAAAUGGGCCUAUAUACCGCCGGUGGUGGUGAUACUCGGCGAAGGAUACGCUCGGGUUUGGCGAUGUCUCGACAUGCCGUUAAAGGGACACCCGGCUUCAAACAACAGGUCACCCGAGAGUAUUGUGCGGGCUGUGGUAUGAUCGUACUGCUGCAGUCAGUGCGCUGUGAUCAAAUCUCUACUGUGGCCUUCGGAGUCGCGGCCGAGUUGGAAAUCUGGCUGUGAUAAGUAAGCACAAUAGUAUUCGGAAGUCUGCGAUGCGUUUAGCCUGCUAGUACGGGGAACCAGUAUCCCGCCCGAUCAUUUCAAGUACCAUGUGAGAUAUACUGUAGUAGUGGUGACGGUGCUGUAUGAUCCUGCCAAUCCAUGCUAUCGAUAUAGGAGUAAGCCCGACCCUGGUUUGGCUGAUCAACUUCUGCCUGAGUGCCGAUAUAAUACGGACCUUGCUUCCGAUGAGUGAUUCUAAAUUCGCCAAUAACAACGCAAACCAUAGUCACUUGCGCGCGGUUCACGCAAGGAAUUAGGAGUAUCCAG